AUGUGCCUGCUGCUGAGUCUAUCAUCUCCUCAAUCUCCCUCCCAUCCCAUUCCCCACAGAGCCUGGUAUUCCAACGCACAUGGCGAUCACGCCCCUGCCGGACAGCAGCGGCAGCAAGCUGAGCGUGGAGGCAGCAGAUCGGCCCGAUCGAUGCUUGCAUGCUUUCACCCUCUCCCUUCAUGGGUGCUCCCACUCCCCACGGCCCGGCAUUUCAACACACCCCUCCCCGACAGCAGCAGCAGCGACCUGAGGUGGAGGCGGCUUAAUCGACUUGAGUGCAGGGAUCUCCGUCAGUGUGACGUCAGCAGAGCUGCAGAGAUCCACACCGAGGGCGUGGUGGCGAAGGAUGUGUUCACGGUAUCGUACCAUGGGGGGCCACUGGAUGAUGAGAUGACCACGCUCGCACUCAAUGCCAUCCACUACACUUUCGCGGCGAGAUACUGA